AUGUCAGGAUGCUGGAAAUGCAAACGUGCCGGUGUGAAGUUCGAUCCAUUGGAUGUGGAGAACACAGGAGAGGGGACACCUGUGGCGAACGAUGAUUUGAAACCUAAUAAAGAAGAAGUUCCCGAAAGUUGCCCGAAAAAGAACAGAGUAACGUGUAAAUACUUGAUCGAUGCACGUUGGGAUCGUUUGUUCUCACAAUAUGUCUACAGUUUUUACUGGUCAACGCUGAUACUGACCACUAUUGGUGAGACUCCAAAGCCGGUGGAAAAUGCCGAAUACAUAUUCAUCACAAUCGACUUUCUAGCCGGCGUGCUGAUAUUCGCAACUGUUGUCGGUAAUGUGGGUGCUAUGAUAACAAACAUGAAUGCAGCCAGAACGGAAUUUCAAAACCGCAUGGAUGGCGUUAAACGAUAUAUGGAAUUCCGUAAGGUGAACAAGGCGCUAGAGAUGCGAGUUAUUCGCUGGUUCGACUACCUGUGGACAAACAAACAGUCUUUGGAAGAAGAUACAUUGAAUGCAUUACCAGACAAGCUGAAGGCAGAGAUUGCUAUUCACGUGCACUUUGAUACGUUGCAACGCGUGAGCAUUUUUAAGGAUUGCGAUCCCGGUCUACUGGUGGAGUUAGUGCUGAAGCUCAAAUUGCAAGUCUUCUCUCCAGGUGACUACAUAUGUCGUAAAGGUGAUAUUGGAAAAGAAAUGUACAUUGUCAAGCGUGGCAAACUGAGUGUGGUUUCAGAAGACGGGAAGACGGUUUUUGUCACCCUUGGUGAAGGUUCGGUUUUUGGGGAAAUAUCGAUUCUCGAUAUUGCUGGUAACAAGACUGGGAACAGAAGAUCGGCCAACGUAUGCUCCGUCGGUUACUCCGAUCUAUUUUGUUUGAGUAAGGACGACUUGUGGGAUGCACUGAGAGAGUACCCGGAAGCCAAAGAAAUCCUCAUGAAACGCGGUGAAGAGAUACUGCGCAAGGAUAAUCUCAUUGACGAAGAAGUACUACGGAAAGCCAAAGAACAGAAGGAAAGUUUGGACGAAUAUGUUCGCCGUUUGGAGGGAACCGUGAAUAAUUUGAGCACAAGGCUAGCCAGACUUAUCGGAGAGUAUGGGGCUAGCCAAGCGAAACUGAAGCGUCGAAUCACACAGUUGGAAGAGUAUCAGUUUCACAUGCAGAGCCAACAAACGGAACACAAUGAUCUUCAGCCAGACAAUGCAACCUCGAUAACGCCCCCUAAAAAAGAAUCAUAUCAAAAUCAACAAUUCCUCAUGAUCCCACAAGACUUUCGUCAUGCUGAGUCUUCUGACAGCGGUAACAAGACUGGGAACAGAAGAUCGGCCAACGUAUGCUCCGUUGGCUACUCGGAUUUAUUUUGUCUGAGUAAGGACGACUUGUGGGAUGCACUGAGAGAGUACCCGGAAGCCAAAGAAAUCCUCAUGAAACGCGGUGAAGAGAUUUUGCGCAAGGAUAACCUCAUUGACGAAGAAGUACUACGGAAAGCCAAAGAACAGAAGGAAAGUUUGGACGAAUAUGUUCGCCGUUUGGAGGGAACCGUGAAUAAUUUGAGCACAAGGCUAGCCAGACUUAUCGGAGAGUAUGGGGCUAGCCAAGCGAAACUGAAGCGUCGAAUCACACAGUUGGAAGAGUAUCAGUUUCACAUGCAGAGCCAACAAACGGAACACAAUGAUCUUCAGCCAGACAAUGCAACCUCGAUAACGCCCCCUAAAAAAGAAUCAUAUCAAAAUCAACAAUUCCUCAUGAUCCCACAAGACUUUCGUCAUGCUGAGUCUUCUGACAGCGGUGGUUAUCAAAUGAGAAGGCAUGAUUCUUUAAGUUCUCUGGACUCUUCGUUGAGCAGUGCUACCAUAAACUGA